AUGGCUUCUGAAGAUUGGACUACUGUAUAUUCAGCACUGGAUGUGGAUGAGAAAGUAUCAGCUUAUAACUCCAUUAUAAUCAAGAUGCUUUACGAGUUCUUACCUGAAAAAACCAUCAGAGUACAUCACUCUGAUAAACCGUGGAUCACUGGUAAUAUUAAAAUGCAAAUCAAAGCUCGUCAGAAGGCCUUUUCUCGUGGUGAUCAGCCAAGAUACAAACAACUAUGCGAGAAAGUGGCAAAUCUUAUAGCUAAAGCUAAAGCCACCUACUAUCGGUCCAAGGCCUCAGAAUUUCGUACCUCGAAUCAAUCGAAGUGGUAUAACUGUAUCUACUCUUUAGUAAAUGCCGAAAACACAACCCACACCCAAUUUCCACACAGGCCCGAAAACCUAGACUUAUCCGACUUAGCUGAAAAACUUCAGAAAGCCUUCACUAAACCAUGGUCGGGCCGUUACACGAAUGUCGCCUUUGAAAUACCUGAAGUGAACCACCCACAUAAGAAUAACAAACCACCCCUUCCUUCUAUUGGCCAAGUUAAAGCGGUCUUAAAACAUCUUAAUCCAAGAAAAGCAACUGGCAUUGAUAAGGUUCCUGCAUGGAUGCUCAAACAAUACCACAAAGACCUAGCUCCUGUGGUUUAUGACAUUGUGUGCUGUAGUAUAAGUCAAUGUUGUUAUCCAUCACUCUACAAACAUGCCCUAAUUUCCCCUGUUCCUAAAGUGCAACCACCGAGAGACAUUAACAAUGAUUUCCGCCAGAUAUCAGUCUUACCCCAUCUUGCCAAGAUUCUGGAAAAGAUCCAGCUCCAGUUAAAUAUUGAAGAUCUGAAAAUUAAGAAUAACCAGCACGCAUUUACUCAACAUCGAAGCACAGUCUCUGCGUUUAUAUCAACUACCCAAUCCUGGUUUAAUGCCACUGAUUGUUCAAAAACAGGCAAAAUGGGGCAAAAUGGGCAAUUGAACACAUUAGCAGCUAUGAACAUAAAUAAACCCUUCUGGUUAUGGAUUAAAAGUUUCCUUUCCGGAAGAGUUCAACAAGUAAAUCUCAAUGGUACCUUAUCAUCCAUUGCAACAUGCCCGGCCGGAGUCCCGCAAGGCUCUGUAAUAUCUCCCAUUCUUUUUAAUACCUACAUUAAUGAUUUGGAGGACGCCUUACCAGAACAACUAAAAGUCAGUACGAAUAAGUAUGCAGAUGACUGCACACAACACCAAAUAGUGAGCGUAGAUUCUAAUAGUAAUUUACAACAAUCUAUCAAUGAAGUAAAUAACUGGGCGGUGUUAAAUAAAAUGGCAAUUAAUGCUAGAAAAACUAAGGACAUGUGGAUCUCUUUCACGGACGCUAUACCUGAACCACCACGUCUUCGUAUUGGAAAUGAGUUAAUAGAAAGGGUCAACGCUUUUAAAUUACUUGGCGUGUCGUUCCAAAAUAAUCUAAAAUGGAACGCACAUGUUGAAGAGAUUACACGUAAAGCAAAUAAACGCCUUUACCAUCUUAGAGAAUGCAGGAAAUCGCAGUUACCAGCUGAAGUCGGUAUUAUUACCUAUCAAUCCAAAAUAAGACCAAUUCUCGAGUAUGCAUCACCUGUCUGGGCGGGACUCCCUAAUUACCUGCGAGAUGAAAUAGAGCGGGUUCAAUCCAGGAGCUUAAGAAUCCUUGGCCUGGAAAAAGAUUACCUACCACCGUUGAACAAAAGAAGGGAAGAGGCAACUAGUCGAGAAGUUGAUAGGUUUAUGAACGAUCCACACCAUCCCUGUCGCAGUGUUUUGCCAAAAUUAAUUAACAAUCAGUACAAUUUAAGGAACAUUGACCGGAAUCGCAAUAUAUCAUUCUUCUCAGGAACUGAAAGGCAUAAACAUUCUUUUUCAGGAAGAGCUUGUAAAUAUGUAUAA